AUGACAUAUGAUUUGGCUUUUCAAAUAAUAUUUAUUAAAAUUUUUCCGUUAUCUUUAUUCAUGAAAUUAAUAUUCAUUCUUUUGAUUAUAAAAUAUGUUUCAAUAGGAUGUCCUGAUUACCCACAACCCGUCCCAUUGGACCAAAAUGAUCCUACAUUGCAAAAAGCAUAUGCAGAGGUAGAUGCAAUGAUCCAAGCCAAUAUGAAGACCUAUGGAGUACAAAGUUUUGUAGCAACUAUUGUAUAUGGCGAUGAUUUAGUUUGGUCAAAGGCUUAUGGUAAAGUUGAUCCAUUAAAUCCACAAUCCCCUGAUCUUACAAUUGAUAAUACUGUAAGAAUUGCAAGUAUUACAAAAACAUUUACAGAUUUGAUGAUGUUCCAAUUAAGAGAUAAAGGAGUGAUUGCUUUGGAUGAUCCAAUUUCCAAAUACUAUCCAAAUUUCAGUAUUAGAGAUUCGUACCAUACCAAGAGGGAUAUUACAUUCCGUGAAUUGGCAUCACAUCAAUCGGGUCUACCAAGAGAGGUUCCAUGCAACUUUGACUUGCUUCCAACCGACAAUUGUACCGAGUCGAUAAUUCUCGAGAGACUACAAGAACACUUCUUGAUUCUUCCACAGUACACUACCACCCAUUACUCUAACCUUGGUAUGGCCUUGUUGGGUAGAGCUUGUGGAAAGGCCGCCCACAUGGAAUACGAACAAUACGUAGAGGAAAAGAUCUUGGCUCCACUUGGAAUGCACAAUAGUUCAUUCGACUAUAACAAGAUCAAGGAUCGUAUGGCCAUUGGUUUGGAGUUAUGGCCAAAUGGUACCUAUCUCCAUGCACCCAUCAUUGGUUUGGGAUGGGGUACUCCUAUGGGAGGUCUCUUUGCCACUGCCAGAGACAUGGCCCGUUACGCAUCGUUCUGGUUGUCCAAUGAAAGUCCAGUCCUCGACAGCUCAACCGUCAAGGAAGCUCUAUCCGCCAUCUACCUAGUCAACGACGGUCAAAGUGCCUACGGAACUCCAUGGGAAACAUUCUACAACCAAAACAACAAUAUCUGGGUACGUGAAAAGGCCGGUGCUUUGGAUGGAUACCGUUCUCAAUUGGCUGUUAUUCGUGAACUCAAACUUGGUGUCUUUUUCUCAUCCAUGAUGUAUCUCGGUCUCCAAGACCUCUGGAUGUCUCAAGCUUUAGACAUUUUAAUCCCAGUCUAUGAAGCUAUGCUCUAUGAAAAGAAUAGUACCCCACAAUUAUUCGAGACCAUCCCCACCUCGUUCAAGAAGGCUCCCACUCCAAUCCCUCAAUCUGCCUUGCACGGAGUCUACGAGUAUGAAGGUAGCUUGUUUGUCGUCCAAGAUGACACCAACGGUAAUUUGAUUGCCAACUUUGGUGGAGCACCCAAUUUCAACAUGACCCUUUUUGCUCAGGACCACCCACACAUCUAUCGUAUCAAGAUUGCCGAUCCAAGUAUCCAAUCUUGUAUCUUUGUCGAUGAUGGUAGCAACUAUGAAUUGGUCUACGUCAAGUAUACCGAUGGUGCAUCUCAUCCAGAAUCCAUGGAAGUAAUGGGUCAAACCAUGCCAUGGGUAUCUGAAAAUCCAAGUGAUGCCCAACUCUUUGAAAAAGUAAAACCAAUUAGACCAACUAAUUAUAUGAGACUCUAA